ACCCAGAUUUAGAUGUUUUUUAUCGUACUAGUAGGUAUAGAGAGAUGAGAUUCGUCCUAAUUUUGUGAACUGUGGUCAGUGUGGUGUGACUAGUGUUUUGAAAUUUUUGUCCAGUUUGUGUUAAAAUGAAGUAUGAUAAUUGUCCAGUUUAUAGUAUUGUAGUUGUUUAAUAUUAACGAUAUUUUGAACUCAACUUUAUAAUGAUGUUCUUCAAAGAUAAAUUGCUGUCUGCGGCUCAGUUAAAACGCCUGGGAGAACAUAAAUACAAGUAUGAUAGUUGUAGCCUCCUGGACCCUUAUCUCCAAGUGUACUGGAACUGGUUAGUUAGCAAGGUGCCCAUGUGGUUGGCACCAAAUUUAAUUACAAUAUUAGGACUCCUAGUGAAUAUUUUGACAACUCUUCUCCUUGUGUGGUACAGUUCUGAUGCUAAAUCUGAGGCACCUAGAUGGGCGUUCCUGCUGUGUGCCCUGGGACUGUUCGUAUACCAGAGCCUUGAUGCCAUCGACGGCAAGCAGGCUCGCAGAACCGACUCUUCCACACCUCUAGGCGAGCUGUUUGACCACGGCUGUGACUCGAUAUCAACAGUGUUCGUUGCGUUGUCAGCAUGUAUUGCAACACAGCUGGGACACUGUCCUGCCUGGAUGUUCUUCCAGUGUUUCUGCGCAUUGACUCUGUUCUAUUGUGCACAUUGGCAGACUUAUGUUUCAG